AUGAUCAGUUUAACUCCAUACAAUUUUCAACCAAUAUUCCAUCGUUUUAUGGUGGUAUAUAGGUGCAUGCAAACUGUGACUGACUGUGUAACUUUCGUUCUGUCCUGUCUUUGCUGUCAAUGCUGGGAACCCAUGCCGCUUUCCCAAUCGUCAGAUGGAUGCACCUUUUACGCUGAUGUCAAUGUGGCGCCGGAGGAUAAGCUCGACACGGGCCGAGCAUGUGGUGAACCGCUAAAGACCCAGCACCUAGCGAUUAACUUUACACCAGGAAAAGAUGAUUCAAUCGAAGUACAGCAGAAAGUUCAGAAGUUCUGGAACCUCGUUGAUCACUCACCAGAGUUGGGGAAAUUUUUGGAACCACCGUUUAAGCCAGAUGAUUCAACGACAGCAACCAGCAAGGCAUCACGUAAAAGUCUUGAGUCACUUAAAUCUAACCAUUCGAAUACAACUAAAACUAGCAAUGAAUACCCAGCAGUACAUCUUGUGAGGACUUUGGAUAAAAAGGGUAACAACAAUUACUUAGUUGACUUGUCCUGCGUCACUGUGAACUCUCUCUCAAGUGAGCCACAGCUCACUUAUUAG